AUGCUUACGUUUUCAGAAGCCAGUUUACCAGCGAGACAGUUGUUUGCAUUCUCAAUGGAUAAAGAGCUUCUGAGUAAAAGAAGACAAGAAGAAGUAGAUAACGUUAUACGAUCAUCAACUGAACGACUAUGGAAAACAUACAACUUUAGUGUUGAAUAUAUUCUGUCAGAUCAUCCGUCGAAACUAUCCUUACCGACAAGCAAGUCAAUACAACCGGAACGAAUACUUGUUCACUCAUCCGAAUGUUCGUCCUCUUCAAAAAUAACUACUGAGCAGGUGGAAAACGAAAACAAUUCAUCAUGUGACAUGUGGCGUUGGGAAAUUAUUGAUGCAAUAAGUCAGUACAUACCAUCAUUUUAUCUUCGUAAACAAUAUCAUUCAGAUGGUCGUGUUAUAGUGGAUAAGUAUGAAGACUCAUGUGUGCCACGGACAGCAGUUAAAGAAAUCAGAGAUAUGCACAAGAAUCAACCUAAAGUCGAGAAAACGACCUAUCUACUCACUGUACUGAAAAACGAAGAUAGUAAAAACAGUAAAGUGACCGCUUUUAAAGUGGACAAAUGCUCACCAUCUAAAAUUAAUUCAUGGGAUAUACCAAUCAGAAAAUGGUUAAAAAAUAAUGAUGGUAGACUGUGCGAACCCAAACUUUCAGGGAGCGUUCUUGAAAAAACCGGUUUCUGA